CAGUGAAGUCAGACUUAAUUUUUAACGUUCCAGUAGGUUGUACAAUUUGUAUUUUAUUUAUUUUUUGAAAUGGAUUCAAGUGCCUAUUAUUGUUUAUACUCGGGUUUUAUUUUUUGAAAAUUUAUAGUGUGAUCAGUAAACGAUAGGCCUUAAAUAAUAUGUUAUUUGCAGACCAUUGCGAUAUAAACUGCAUACUCUAAUUUUACAACUCGAUUUUUAUGGCUUUUAUUGUGAAACUCUACUGUUAACUUACCCGGAAGUGUGCCUCAACAUUGGGAACGGUCCAGGCGCCCCGACAUGAUUCAACCGUUAAACUAGUUUAGUUCGUUUUUUGACAGUUUGUGUCUCAUAGUAGCUUUUGUAACAGCUCGGUUUUCAGUAGGGAAGUUUUACCAAGCGCUGACUUUAUCUUAAAGUGUCACAUUGAAACAACCAAGCGCUGAAUUUAUCUUAAAGUGUCACAUUGAAACAACUCUCUAAAGGCAACUUCUGGACUAUCUGCAAACUCUUCUGUAACGUUAUCGACCUCUGACAUAAUGCUCAGAAGUGCUGUAUGGAAAUAGACAACCACAAUGAAUCCACAAACACUGUCACUGAGAGCCCUGCUCUUUCUGGGGCUUUGGCAAACUGGGAGAAGAACUCUAGCCUCAGCCCCGGAGGUGCAGAUCCAACCACAAAAGAUAGCCGUGGUUGGAGGGGGCAUUGGUGGCACAGCUGCAGCCUUUUACCUGAGGCAGGAGUUUGGAACCGGAGUGAAGAUCGAUGUGUUUGAACCUGACGCUGUUGGCGGACGACUUGCAACAGUGAAGUUUGGAGAUCAGGAGUAUGAGACGGGAGGAGCAGUGGUCCAUCCUCUGAACCUACACAUGAAACACUUCAUUGAAAAAUUAGGUAUUCCUCCGAGGCAAGAUGUCCCCUCUAAGAUGGCAAUCUUUGAUGGAAAGGAGCUCACUUUUGAAGAGAGUGACUGGUAUAUAGUAAAUAUCUUGCGCAUGCUCUGGCGAUACGGGUUCAACUUUCUCCGAAUGCAUAUGUGGGUGGAGAGUGUUUUGGACAAAUUUAUGAGGAUCUACCAGUAUCAGCAGUACGGUUACUCAUUCUCCAGUGUGGAUAAGCUCCUUCAUGCCAUGGGCGGAGAUAGUUUUCUUACCCUGCUGAAUCAAACUCUGGAGGAAACGAUGAUGGCUGAAGGGUUUUCGCAGGUCUUUAUCAAUGAAAUCGUCUCACCCAUCACUCGUGUCAACUAUGGCCAAAGUGUCCGCCUCAAUGGCUUUGUGGGGGCGGUGUCAUUAGCAGGUGCAGAUUCAGGCCUGUGGGCGGUGGAUGGAGGCAAUAAGAAAGUGUGCUCUGGACUGCUGUACGUCAGCAAAAGUGAGCUCAUCCCUGCCAAAGUGACCUCCAUUUCAAUCAAAGUUCGACCAUCCAAGUCAGGCACUACAACUAAUUUCUACGAGGUAAAUUAUGUUGGAGAAUCAGGCUCAGCACACUCUCUGUAUGACAUCGUGGUAAUAGCAACACCGCUUCACCAGGGAAAAUCAGACAUCACCUUCUCAGGCUUCUCCCCUCCACUCCCGUCUCACUACCCCGGUCGUUACCACCAGACGGUCUCCACUCUGAUCCACGGCAUGUUGAACGUGUCUUUCCUCGGGACCACGCAGAAGGCUUCAGACUUCACUGUCUCUGACGUCCUCACCAUGGACUCAAAGGGGUCAAUCAUCAACAGCCUGAGCUCUAUUGACCCUGUGCACAUCCCUGAGGGGUACAAGCGGCCCCCUGCCAGCGAGGCCAACGUCUGGAAGGUGUUCUCUCCACAUUCACUGUCCCAGGAGCAGCUGCAGGACAUGUUCAUCACAUGGGACUCAUCGUCAGAGACCAAGUGGCUGGCUUAUCCUUUUUACCGCCCGCCACAACGUAAGACACCUCCCUUCAUCCUGCAUAACCGGCUCUACUACCUCAAUGCUGUGGAGUGGGCAGCCAGUGCCAUGGAGAUGAGUGCCAUCUCUGCCAGGAACUUGGCCCUGCUGGCACACCACCGCUGGCACCAACAGGAGGGCAAGAUCGACCAGGAAGACCUGCACACUCGACUCAGAGGGGAACUCUAAUCUAAAAGCAACACAAAACCAUCAUUCAAGCACAGUAUAAACCCACACAGAGCCUCAUUGAUGCGCAUGCUGCACUAUAAAAUCCCCUCUCUAUUCAGGUAUGUGGGGCCCUAGGAUCCCUUUAAGGAGACACUGCAGGUGGACAGGGUAAAAAGGUUUUAUAAAUACAUCACCAUCAGACUUACACUGUAUUACAAACCUUCUAAAGAAAUAUGCAAAUGGUGUAUUAUAUUUUCAGAUGGUGUGCUUAUUUGCCUACAUUUGCAAAAACAAACAUCUGAAUAAUGGAAAAAGCCAAGGACAUGUUAAGAGUUUUUACUCUGGGCAUUUUGGUCAUCUCUGUAUCACUCAAUACAUCAGAAAAUACUGCCAUUUAAAAUAAAAGAAGCCAUUUCUCGUUAUAUAAUGUUAACUUUUGUGAAUUCAAGAGAAAUCUACCGAUGCAAAAAGACAAAGUUUAAUAAAAUAAACGCCUACAUUUGUAUUUUGAAUGUUUUCUUCUCACUAGCAUGAAAGAAGACAUGUUAUGGGAGUAAAUAGCCUCAACCCUCAAAAUUAACUUAAAAAACAGAUUUUGCCUGUAGUGUCUCAGCUUUUACUGUUAAGGACCAUAUGGGUUUAAUACAACCUUGAUCUUAUUGUUGUAGCUUUUUGUCAAUCAUUUUUAGGACAACAACAAUGAGAGUUUUAAAGGAUCUGAAAUCGUGGUUUGCAAACGGGAUUUGUUUCAAACCUGUCUGAUCUUUUUGUUUUGUUGCCUUUCCUCUGCUUUCCUUGUACUUUCCUUGUACUGAGUGUUUUAAUCACUGAACCACGCUGCACUCCAGGGUAGAAACAUGCCCUCAAUUGUUCCUCUGUCUACCUGUGUGUCUUCAAAUGAUUUUUAGAUGUAGUCUUUUUUUAUAUGCACUGCUGUUGUUAGAAACACGGUACAGCUAACAUCUAGCAAACCAGCUUGUAGGUGACACAUAAACCAAGAUGUCCUUUUAUUGAUGGAUUUGAGUCUCUUCUGAUGAUUUCUGAGUCCUCUACCUCCUUAGCAGAACACUGUUGAUGUUGUUAGACAAGUGCACUGUCUUCCGUGUUUUUUUCUUUUCUUUAAUCGUACUGAUAUUUUUAACAAGAUUAUAAUUGGACACUUUAAUCACUCUGACAGGGUGCAUACGUUCGACUAGUAUAGCUGUGCCUUAAAGAUAUUAGAGUAUGUUGUUAUUAAAAAACGAGUCGCCCUAUAAUUUUAGAAAUAAUGUGUCUUUAUAACGAAGUUCAAAUUGCCAUCAAAAGUCUUACCACCAGGACCUAUUGGAAAAAGUACAAUGCAUUUCUGUUUUGUUAUAACAUAUGGAAGAAGAUCUGUUUACUGGUUUAUCUGGUGUCACUGUUCAUACCUGAACUGCUUUAAUGCUCUUUAGCCCCUUUUGGGAAGACAACUGUAAUUUGCUAAAUGUUUUUUAAUUGUAUUUUUCUAGAUUUUUGAAGAAAAACAAAUUCUGCUUGUGAGUAAAUGUCAAGACAUACUUUAACAAUGACAUAAAUUCAGUUUCAAGUUUACCCUUAAUUCUCUUUUAAAUGCCAAUACAACUCUGACAGUUCGGAGUAUUUGAACUGACUUGUUCUGCACAAAUAAAAAAAGGUUUUUGUUUACAAUUUUAAACUUUUAGAUGUAUUGUCAUUUUAAAUAAUAGUAAAACCUUCUGGACUUAACAGUUUGUCAAGUGCUUACAAUCACAAUAAAGGGAUCAGACAAA